AUGCAAAACGGAACAUCAUUAUUUGAUAAUACCAGUCUUAGCAAUUAUUACAUUUUCAAUUGUUACUUUGAAGAAUGCAAGGAAACUGGCGCCAUUUACAUUAAAAGAGAUAACGAAAUAUAUGCAUUAAUUGAAGAGUCAGUAUUUAAUCACAGCAGUUCCACCUCAGAAGAUGGUGGUGGAUCUAUUUGCUUUGACAUACGGGGAGAUGGAAAUUUUGUUCAGCAAAGAACUUGUUAUUAUGCGUCAAUAGCGAAUUUUAAUAUGGCAUUUUGUCAAUAUAUUAAUUCUCUUUCUAAUAAUAAAAACUAUGCAAUUGACAUUUCAGUUUUCAAAUGCGGAGAAAAUGAAGAAAAAGGAAGAAAUACAUUAGAUAUUGGAUUCAAUGAUAUCCGCUUCGAGAAUAACAACAUCUCAAACAACAAAUGCCAAUGGUUGUCAUCAUGUUCAAUUGUGCCCAAUGGAUCCCCGGGUGCAUGUAAUUUCUCUACAUUCCGAGAAAACAACCAAACCGAAAGUAAAUCAAUUGGGAUUUCUACGUUGGCUUAUGUAACUCAAGAAUUCUCCUACUGCAAUGUUAUUGGAAAUAAAUGCGGAACAGAUAAAGAACAAGUUCUGUUUACUUGUCAAUGUACGACUAAUGUUGAUCACUGCAUAUUUUUAAAUAACAUUGCCAAGUAUAUGUUUGAACAAUAUAGAGUAAGUUACACUUUGACUAUUUCAGAAUCAUAUGUUGAAUCAAAUUCGACAACUGGACCAGGACCGAUUAAAUUUAAUGCUCUAAAAGAAAACAACGACUUUAAUAAUAAUUUUAUUCACUUCUACACAGAAAAUUGUUUCAUAGAUCCAAAAGAAGUUUCACUUAAAUUACCAUAUCUUUCAGAAUUUGCCAAAACUGCAUCUGCUGGAUUAUUCCCAACAAAAAAGUAA